AUGACUCCAGAGAAAUUGACAGUUAGAGCAGUGUUGGUGAGAAACAAUAAGAGUGAAGAACGUCAAACGUCAGUUCUCCGCACUACGUUUACUUGCUUAACAUCAAAGGUAAGCCUCUUGGAUUUUGUGUUUGAUGAAUUGUAUAAUGACUUGAAUAUUGCUAGGAACGUACAAAACUUCAAGAUCGAAAGAAAAUCCAAGAAGCAUAAAAGAUUCGUGGUAUUGGAAUGCUCUGACGAUUUCAAGGAAUUGAUGAGAAGCGUGAAGGUUAAAAACCACGUUAAACUCGUAAUCUAUGAAAUUGAGACAAGCCAGCAUACUCUGGAGAAUGCAGUAACAGAUGCAUUGGAUCAGGUGAAAAAACUUGUCGGUGAAUUGCAGAAGUCAGAGCUCUGGGAGAUUCUCAGAUCCUUCACCACUACUUACAACAUGCAACUUGCACCAGAUGGAGACAGCAGAUCAGAUUUACAAGAUAUCGAUUCUAAAUCUGUCGAUAAGGGUAACGACGAAAUUUUCCACCAAUCCGUUCAUAAGAGUAACAAUGACGUUGUCCACGAAUUUGUUGCAUGCGAUUCUUGCCAUCCGGCAGAUACUUUUGGUAAUAUCCAUGGAAAGAGGUACAAAUGUGUUGUUUGCGAUAAUUUUGACUUGUGUGAACAAUGUUACUCGUCAAAUGUGGCGCCUAUGGGACAUCUGAGGCUUCACCCUAUGUUGAUUAUCCCAGACUCUCGUCUCUUCAAGGACUAUUACUAUCCUCGUAUGCAAUUUCAUAAUACCUUUAGAAACCAUUGCACGGAAUCUUUAGCAAGUAAGGACGCGGAAUGCUCAGAGAUAUUGACUCAGAAGUUAGGCGCUGACAAGUCAGCUGUGUUUUCUGAUCUUGAGAAAUGUCUUGAUGACUCAAAGAGGUAUUCGGAGCUUGCUGCGCUUGUUGAUGAUUCGUCUGAUAAGUUUGAAACUUUGAAGCAAAUCGUUUCAAGUUCAGUCGAAUUCAACUCCUCCAACAUUUCAGAGAAGCCUGAUGUGAACUCCGACGGCAUCUCAAAGAAUCCAGAGGUCAGCCCACGAAGAGAGGAAGAAGCGAUUCUCUUCCGAAACGAUUCCAUCUAUGAAGUUCCUGACGGUGAGCUUAUCUUUGAAUGUUACUCUGAGGAUGGCUGCAAAGUCUGGUCUCAAGAGCAUGAUAUGCCUGAACUGGUCCACCCAGGAAGUACUUUCUCAUUAGAUUUUUUUGGUUUGAGUACUCCUUUUGGAUCAGAGAUUCGUGUGGUACAUUCUGAAUCAGGAUUUAGAAUGUCUGGCUUCUAUUCUGGAAAAGUGGUGAAUUUGUUGAUUCCUGACUCAAUAAUCUCCGAGGGACAGGAAGGACAGCGUCUUGAAGGAGGCGAGAUCGAAGUGACAGUAAUCCCUAAAGGUACUACAUUGUCUCAGAUAAUUGUUGCGAACAAGUCAGAAUCGGAAUUUGAUUGUGCCGACUUAAUUUUUGAGAUUGUGAAUUGUUUUGGGAAGGUAGUGGCCACGGUAUCAGCUCACCGGAAGCAUUCAUUGUUGCCAGGUCGGAUUGCUAAAUUCAACAUCCUCGUGAACAACACACAUUUCAAGUAUCCAUUUAAAUUGGAUGUAAAUAAUGGUGUUCUUCGGGGAUCAUGUGAACUUAGUUUGAAGUGCUUAAGUGGCACUAUCAAACUUUCGCAGAUCAAAAACGAGAAAUCGUGCAAUGAAUUAUCCCUGUCAAGAGUAUCAUUGUUUACCGGAGAGAAAAAUUCUUCUGCCUUUGAUGAAUCAAGUGAAACUGGACUUCAGGAUGUAACUGAGGACUCGGAAACUGACUUCGAUUUGAUAAGUUUGGCUGAUGUGGAGGAGAUACUUUCAGAUUUUGAAGUGUUGUCUAAUGUCAAUUCAUUAGAGGCCUGA